UACUUAUUUUGAAUUUAAUUUGUUGUUGAACUAUUUUUUUAAGCUGAUUAAAAUAUAUAAUUAUCAAUAAAUUAUCAAAGUUUUAUACAUCAUUAAUAAUGCAAAAAUUAAUAUCUGAGAAUCACGUUCUCUUAUCGGAAAGCGUAUUACGAAAACUUGGCCAGAACAGAAUAAAUACAGUUCUUGAGUUUCUUCACGAGGACUCUGAGAAAAUUUCAAAUCUUACUAAACUCAGUUUGCCACAAGUACUAGAAAUAAGAAGUGAUUUUUUUAGGAAAUAUUCAGGUCUUUCCAUAAACGGGGCUACACUCGUCAGUAAGUUUUCUAAGAAAUGUGUUCUAAAGACAGGCAUACCAAGUUUAGAUGAUGCAUUAGGCGGUGGCAUACCAUGUGGAUUUAUAAGUGAAAUAUGUGGUUUAGCAGAUUCAGGGAAAACACAACUAUGCCACCAAAUUGCUAUAAAUUCUGUGAUAAAUACCGGCAAUAAAGUUUUGUAUAUUGAUACUAAAGGAGACUUCUCUGCUGUGAGAGUGCAAAAGAUUUUAGCCAGCUUGGGAUUAUCACAUAAGGAUAUGGCAAUGAUCAUGCAUGAUAUAAGAAUAUUUUUCAUAUGGACUAUGGAAGAAUUGAUUGAGCUAUUGAGGAAGAUUAAAAACAAGAUCCUUGUUAUUGAAAACUUGUCACUCAUUAUCAUAGAUUCACUGCCCUGCCUUAUGUUUCAACAUCUUGGAGACUCCAACAAGAUUGGGUUGGCAUAUUUAAAUAUGAUGGUCAACUAUAGCCGCUAUAUAUGUGAUAAUUUUAAUGUAGCAUUUGUAUGUGUAAACAUUCAGACAAGAUGGAUUGAUCAAGAUAUUUGUGAGCUUGAAGAUGAAGAAAGAUCCAUUUUGGUUUCAAAAGAAACAUAUUUGGAGAGGAAAAACCGCUGUCUUGGAAAGUACUGGCAACACAUUCCUGUAACAGUUGUUAUAUUAGAAAAAGGCUACAUGAUAAAUCAACCAGUUAGAACAAAUUCUGAAAUGAUAAAUGUAAAUGUUAUAAGAAAUAAUAAUUUAGAAUGUAAUCAUAGUUUAAGCCUGACAUUAAAUCAUUUAGGUCUAACAUAAUAAACAUCUUUUUUUGAGGACUAUUUAGUCCUUUAUAAUAAUUGCGAAUAUAAAAAGAGUAUCCUUCAGCGAGUAGUUCUAGUUAGUUCUAAUUCCAGUAUCAAACAUUAAAAUGUGUUUGGUAGUGAUGCAAAUCAAUUCGCUUUUUGGUAUAAAUAUAAAACUGAAUGAACAUAAAUUUUGUAAAAAACAAACCGUCUCCUAUCGAUAUCCCCCUAUAAUACAUACAUACAGGUCAAACUGAGAACAACCUUUUUUUUGAAGGCGUUUCAAAUAUAUUUGUCAGAACAUGGUCAAAAGCACUUCUUUCAGCCAUUUAUUUGUUUCUUGUUUUUUAUAAUCACCAACCAAAAAACAAAUGGAUUAGAACAUUACGAGAUUCAAUAAUGUGCGCAUCUUUGCAGUGUGUUCACAAACAAGUGGGUGGAGUGAGGGCAAACUUGGCAUAUUUGUAUUGUAAUAUUAUUUUAAGGAAAUGAAGUGAAUGAUUCUUUGCUAUAAAAAAAAAAACUUAAGUCCAUCAAAGUCAUAAGAUUGAUGAC